CUCGACGGUCCUUUGCCAUAGUGACACCAUCUGGCACAGAUCUCGAAUUACUGUAUUGAAAUCUCAUGUCCAUCGGGCAUCCUUCCUCUCGUUUAAGUCUGGACUGUUCCUGUGCCGCGUGCCACGGAUUUAUUAACCCUGGAUAGCGAGACUAGGGUUCCGGUUCCUAGGCGUAGGAUACGCAAUGACGAGCCAUCUCCUGUGCCCUUGAAAGAUUGGCAAUACUGGUGUCUGCGCAGCCCUGCGAGAUUCCAUGGAAGGCCGUGACCAUGCGGCAAAGGCAGACGCGGCUGAAAGUGCGGCGCAUGCCAUUAUUAUCUCGGUUUCUGGAUAAGUGUGGGUCGCAUAUACAGAUCGAAUUACGAUGUGCCAGUCAGUGGUAGCUGUGGUUCAAUUGCCCGCUCUCAUCCAUGCGACAUGCCCGAUCGACGUUUCCCGGGGAGGGACCUGCCCGUCCUGACAGUGGGCAAAUCGAAAGCAGCUCAGAGGAGAGCGAAUCAGAAGAAGAAGCGUCUCCUGAAAGGUCUACGAUACAGGGGAGCUCCGGAAUUAACUACAGCCUCGACAGGCUGGACAACGACGCCGAAGCGAGAGCUCUUGUCGGGCUAGCGAGCGAGUUCGAUAUAACCACUUGCAGUAGAUGGCCGACGGGGUAUCAUUUUCAGCUCUCGGAGCAUCGACAGGUGCAUGUGGUCCGAUGGCUAUACUUACCAGCACAACUGCCCUACAUCCGCUCCGAAUCCGAAGGCGGCAUGACCCGGCCUCAAAAGGUAAAAGACAUCAUAACAGCCUUCAGCGCAACCAUCCUUCCAGAAGACUUCCGCCCCGACCUCACAGACGACCCCGCCCACCGCCGCACCCCAGAGCAGUGCGUCGUCCAGGGCGACUUCGAAGCCACGAUGUUCAGACUAGCUACCCACGACGACGCGGUCUACUCCCCUAUCUACUUUGAUAAAAUCCAGGGCCAAUCUCGCAAACUACUCGCUGAUUUCGACCGCUACGCCCUGACGGGCCACCUCCCCGCUGAUGACAACAACAACACCAACCCCAUAGACGUCCGCACCGUCCUCCACAAAAUCCAACUCAACGUCUACCGUAUCCAAAGCAAUAUCAUCGCGCGCGCCCCGCACGGCACAGAAAGCGCAUCCAAGGCCCUCAUCACGCUCCUCGAAGACAUCUGCAGUCGCAACAAAGACGCCCUAGACGGCAACAGAUGGGGCCGGACGACCUUCCACGGCGAAGACGAGGACAGCCGCAAUCUGUACCAUCAGCUUAUCGGCACUGCCGAGGAGACAGGGCGCUGCUUUGUGCUCGACGCCCUGGAGCAUCUGCCUGCGUCGGCGCUCCACCAGUUCCGGGAUCGGUUGAUGGCUGUUCAGCGUAAGGCGGAGGUGAACCGUGCGCCGAAGGCGUAUAUAUUGAAGCUUGGGGGGCUGGUUCGGAGGGCUGAGGCUGUGGGGCUGGGGCAGAGUAAACGGACGCGGUAGGGGUGGGUUGGUUGAUGGGCUGGGUUGAGUCUGGUUGGGCUGUGGAAUUUGUGUGGUUUACUAUCAUAAUACCCAGUGUUCUUGUGAUUUUUGUUAGAGAUUGUUAUUGAAUGGUUGCUCAUAUCGCGCUUU